CCUCACCGCCGCUGGGGAAGCUCGACUUGUCAUCACAGAAGAAGUACAGGAAGACUGUCGGCUGCUAAAAGCCGUCCCUCAACUGCUGUCAUGGCGGAGUUUAAAAGUUGAACUAACAACCGUUAGCAGUCAUGGAAGCUCAAGUGGAAGCCUCAGUGGUGCCGGGGAAACUUUAGCGAAGUCCCAUUCGCCGUGUGAAACAAAGUGUGGCGGGUGCCCAAAGUGUGGUCAUUUCACACUAGACAAAGUAGCUUUAGCUAAUGCUAACGCUAGCUGUGUUUGUGUUAAAAUUAAUUCCGUAACAACUUCGGUUUGUUUUACAUGUGGAAACGCGUUCGUUGAAUUUAUUUGUCUUAGUAGCUGAAAGAGCUCUUUUCUAUUUGUUCCGCGACGUCGACCCACUUCGCUUUGAAUUUCCCUCCUUCUGGAAGACAGACAGGCGGCUGAGAGAGGAGUCCACUCGGUGAGGUCUGUUACUUUGAGGAUUUUUUGUCGUCAUCCACGCUGAGUCUUAUUUUGACUCCCGGUUCGAAGGAAAGGGAUUAAUUCACUAUGGAUCCUCACACGGGAUAUGCCGCCUCGGCUCCUGGUCCCAAAAAGGACAAGAAGUCAAAGAAAGGCUAUGAAGAUGGAGACAGCAAAAAGAAAUUUACACUGAAACGUCUGAUUCCAGAUGAGCUGGAGCGGUUCACCAGCAUGAGGAUAAAAAAGGACAAGGAGAAGCAGGGCCACGUCCCAAGUCAGCGUCAUUCGGCCGCCGCCAACUAUGAAAUCAACGCCACCAGUGCCACGCUGCACGACCAUACGGACGAAUACGUCCUGGAACUCUUCGAACAGAUGAUGGUGGACAUGAACCUGAACGAGGAGAAGCAGCAGCCUCUCAGAGAAAAAGACAUUGCAAUUAAACGUGAAAUGGUCUCCCAGUACCUCCACACGUCAAAAGCGGGCCAAGACCAGAAGGAGAGCUCGAAGUCGGCCGUGGUCUACAUCCAAGAAUUGAGAUCAGACUACCGGGACUCGCAGCUGCUGAGCUGCCUGGAAUCUCUGCGGGUUUCGCUCAGUAACAACCCAGUCAGCUGGGUGCAGAAUUUUGGAGAUGAAGGCCUGGCUCUGUUGCUCAAUCUGCUAAGACGACUGCAAGAGGACGAUUACUCAAUGAUGGGAGUUAAAUGUCAACACGAGAUCAUUCGCUGUCUAAAAUCCUUCAUGAACAACAAGUACGGUUUAAAAUCCAUGCUGGAGUCGGACGAGGGUAUUCCUCUGCUGGUCAGAGCCAUCAACCCGAGGGUGCCACAUAUGAUGGUGGACGCUGUCAAGAUACUUUCUGCCAUCUCCAUAUUGGAACACCAAGACAACCUUCAUGAGCGCGUCCUGGAAGCCAUCACAGAAGAGGCGGAGAAGCGGGACAUUGAGAGGUUCCAACCUCUUCUGGCUGGCAUGAAAAAUCACAACAUUGCCCUUAAGGGUGGCUGUAUGCAGCUAAUCAAUGCAUUGAUCAGUCGCGGAGAGGAGUUGGACUUCAGGAUCCAUAUUCGCUCUGAACUUCUACGAUUAGGACUCCGGGACUGCCUCAAGGAAGUGCGGACAAUCGAAAAUGAGGAGCUGCGGGUGCAGCUCUUGGUGUUUGAUGAGCAGACUGAGGAUGACUCGGAGGACCUUAAAGCGCGCCUCGAUGACAUACGCAUAGAGAUGGACGAUGUGAGGGAAGUGUUUGAUAUUUUAGCCAACACAGUGAAGGACUCCAAAGCUGAAGGCCACUUCCUGUCCCUGAUGCAACACCUGCUGCUGAUCCGCAACGAUUAUAUGGCCAGGCCUCAGUACUACAAGUUAAUAGAUGAGUGUAUCGCUCAGAUCGUGCUUCAUCGCAACGGCGCAGACCCCGACUUUAAGUGCCGCAACCUCAGGCUCAACAUCGAAGGCUUAAUAGACAACAUGGUCGACCAAACUAAGGUGGAAACCAGUGAGGCCAAGGCUACGGAGCUUGAGAAGAAGUUGAACACAGAGUUGACCGCACGCCACGAGUUGCAAGUGGAGCUGAAGAAACUCGAGGGUGACUAUGAGCAGAAGCUGCAGGACCUGAGCCAAGAGAAGGAGCAACUGGCCUGCUCCAAACUGGAACGGGAAAAUGAGAACCAGUGUCUGCAGCAGCAGCUCAGCACUCUGCAACAACAGAUUGACAAGCUGUCCAAAGAUCUGGAAGAGGCCAAGACUAAAGUUGUCACAGUAACGGUUCCUGUGCCAACACCCGGUUUGCCGCCUCCACCUCCUGCCCCUCCUCUCCCCGGCCAGACCGGGGCUAUGCCGCCGCCGCCGCCGCCCCCACCCCUACCAGGUUGCACGACCAUGCCACCGCCACCGCCUCCUCCUCCUCUGCCUGGUCAGGUCGGCAUGCCUCCCCCACCGCCACCGCCUCCCUUACCAGGCAUGCCAGGUCCUCCUCCACCCCCACCCUUGCCUGGCAUGGCGGGACCACCCGGACCGCCACCUCCGCCACCCUUACCAGGUAUGGGACCUCCUCCUCCGCCGCCACCGCCUGGUGGUCCUGGCAUUCCUCCUCCUCCACCAGGUCCCGGUAUGCCACCACCUCCACCGUUUGCCAUGGGGGGCUGGGGUGCCCCUGUACCACCACCACUGCCUUUUGGGCUCCAGCCUAAGAAGGAAUACAAGCCUGAGGUGCAGCUGAAGAGAGCCAACUGGAGCAAGAUUGGACCCGAAGACCUCUCCGAGAGUAGUUUCUGGACUUCGGCCAAAGAGGAGAAAUUUGAAAACAAUGAGCUCUUUGCCAAGCUCACCUUGGCCUUCUCCUCGCAGACCAAGACCAAAAAGGAGCUUGACGGCGGAGAUGACAAGCAUCUGCAAAAGAAGAAGGUCAAGGAGUUGAAGGUUAUUGACUCAAAGUCCUCACAAAACCUUUCUAUUUUUCUCGGAUCUUUCCGUAUCCCGUACGAAGAGAUCAAGAGCGCGAUUCUGGAAGUCAACGAGAAGAUCCUCACAGAGUCCAUGGUCCAGAACCUGAUCAAACAGCUGCCCACACCGGAGCAGCUCGGUACCCUGGGCGAAAUGAAGGAGGAAUAUGACGACAUGGCUGAGGCGGAACAGUUUGGAGUUGUGAUGUCCACUGUGAAACGUCUGCAGCCACGGCUUCAGGCCAUCCUCUUCAAGCUCCAGUUUGAGGAGCAGUUGAACAACAUCAAACCGGACGUGGUGUCUGUGACGGCGGCCUGCGAGGAGCUCAGGAAGAGCAGCUCCUUCUCCACGCUGCUGGAGAUCAUCCUCCUCAUGGGCAAUUACAUGAAUGCAGGCUCCCGCAAUGGGAAGGCCUUCGGAUUUUCCAUAUCAUACCUAUGCAAGCUCCGUGACACCAAAUCAGCUGACCAGAAGCAGACCCUGCUCCACUUUCUCGCCGACGUGUGCCUGGAGCAGCACCCUGAUGUCAUGACCUUUACCGACGAGCUGAUCCACGUGGAGAAGGCCAGCAGAGUUUCUGCAGAGACACUUCAGAAGAAUCUAGAACUAAUGGGUCGUCAGAUCAAGAACCUGGAAAAAGACAUUGAAACCUUCCCUCCUGCACAAAGCGACAAGGACCUGUUUGUGGAUAAGAUGUCCGUUUUUGUAGCCACUGCUCGUGAACAGCAUGAGAAGUUGGAUCUGAUGCAUAAGAACAUGGAGAAGCAGUAUAACGACCUGGGGGAUUAUUUUGUCUUCAACCCCAGAAAACUUGCAGUGGAGGAAUUCUUUGGAGACCUCAACACCUUUAAGAACAUGUUCCAGCAAGCGGUGAAGGAUAACCAGAAGAGGAAGGAGGCAGAGGAAAAGAUCAAAAGGGCCAAACUGGCCAGGGAAAAAGCCGAGAGGGAAAAAGAGGAGAAACUGAAAAGGAACCAACUCCUGGACAUCAACACAGAGGGUGAUGAGACUGGCAUCAUGGACGGCCUCUUGGAGGCGCUGCAGUCUGGCGCUGCUUUCAGGAGAAAGAGAGGACCACGGCAAGCAGCCAAUCACAGAAGAGCCGGCCACGCGGUGACCAACAUCCUGGCCAAAGAACUCACGCAGGAAGAUGCGCCUCCGCCGAGCAAGGUGCCCGUCAAGAAGGUGAAGCUGGAGGAGAAGGAGGAGGCCAAGAAGGACGGUUCGUUAGAGGAGCUGCUGGAAGCCCGAUCCAAUUAGGCACAUUUGACCACGUUUUUGGUCUUUUUUUUUUUUUUUAAUGUGUAGUUUCCGACGCACUUGUCGUUGCUGGGGCCAAUAUCGAUAUGAAAAGCGUCUUUGCCACUAAUUAUUACCGUGUUUUGUUACGUUGCUUAAUUCCUGAAUCAAAUUGAGUCACCUCGAUUGUUCGCUUAUUUCCAUAAUUCUUACCAGGAAUGUCGGGAACAUCGUUUUUUUUUUGUUCGCUACUCACAAUUCUUGUUUGAUAUGUUUUCCACUGCACGUAUGUAUAAAUGCCGAUGGUAUUGCUGGAAGACGCCAUUGGGGAGGAAUUCUUUGGAAUUCCACGGGCACGGCUUCUACUCACGUGGGUGAAGAUUUAGUUCACGGGGAUAAACUCGGAUAACCUAACACUUAAACAAUUCACCAGCAUAGGCAAAUAACGCGGAAAUAUACGCGGGAUUUUUUUGCUUGAAAAAGUCGCUUAAAAGACGUUUUCGUUUUUCUUGUGCUUUUGUGACGACUACAUGAUCCCACUCGUACACGCGUGUUUUCUACGUGUGUGUUGCCGAUAAUUACGCUAGCUAGCACGCUGGAAAAAGUGACCACAAGUGUUUGUGUCUGUGGGGGGCCGCCUUACGUGUCUUGUUUGACGUUCUUCCUGCAGCCAAAAAUGAUGGAGGGACGCCACACACACACACACACACGAAGAACACAACUAAUACAAACUGCAGCAUAGAUAUGCAAUAUGUAUUCCUAUGCAAACAUGCUAUGCUAACGUGUUCACAUCGCCACACAGGAACUGCUUUGGCUUAGAGCUCGCUGAUCAUCUGCCACCAGGAUGGCCUGCUGGGGUUCCUCUUCAUUCGUACACGUUUACCGAUUCGUACACGCAAAGUACACGCUGUAAAUACACCAAAAUGUCCUCCUGUGUGCCAGGCAACUCCUAGCCUUUCUUUUUCAUCCUCGGUAAGCGGAGCAUCACUGGAGGAAACAACCUCCAAUUUGAGUCAUUCCUUUUUUUUUUUUUAAGAGAUUUUCUAUUGUCGAUUUUUACGGUUGAUUAUUUUUUAUCUUAUUUGAUUUGAUGUAAUUUUGCAUUUUUGUUUUUUUUUGUUUUUUUUUUCAGAGAUUGCUCUAUGUAAACAGAAUAAUGCACAUAAUGUUUCUGUUUGCUAUGCAGGAUUAUUAAAAUGUCUUAAGUCAGGGGUCUCAAACUCAAUUUACUUGGGGGG